AUGUCUGCAAGCAACGACGCAAGCGCCUCAACGGCCGAGGGUACUGCACCCGCAGCGACCACGCCGUCUGCAGCCUCGCCCACAGCUCAACCCACUGCGACUGGCGCUCAGCCCACGGAGGAGGAGCAGAUCGUGCCUGAUGACGAGGUUCUGAGUGAAGCCUUGGAAUUGGAAUACGGACAUUGUCUAACCUUCGGUAGCAACCUGUCGACGACGCAGCAUCUGACCUUGGGGGCGUUCUUGGAGUGGACCUGUCACCUCCUCAAGCAGAUUGUUAGGGUCCCUCCCAACGUCAUCUUCGAAGUAGACGACAUCGACGAGCCCUGGAUCUACAGCCGCCCGUUUGACUACAUCCAUUCUCGAAUGAUGAACUCUAGUAUCUCCGACUGGAGACAGUUCAUCCAAAAGGCUUACGACAACCUCACGCCUGGCGGCUAUCUCGAGCUGAAAGAGGUAGACCUCAUGCCCGAGUCCGACGACGGAACGCUUCCCACGGAUUCCGCCCUGAACAAGACGUACACCCUCAUCGGCGAGGCCCUCAAAGUUUUCGGGCGCCCGUUCCAGGACGUGCUUCCGCUGGUUGAUAUGAUGAAGGAGGUCGGGUUCGUCGACCUUUACGUCAAGAAGUUCAAGUGGCCGACGAACACGUGGCCAAGGGAUAGCCAUUUUAAAGAGAUUGGCGAGUGGGCGAAUGUCAACUAUCUCUCAGGCAUAGAAGGUUGGGUUAUGGCGCCGUUUACAAGAGCUCUCGGCUGGAAGAAGGAAGAGGUCCAGGUCUUGCUCAUUGAUGUUCGGAAAGAGUUCAAUGAUCGUAACAUUCACGCUUACUGGUCCUGGUACGCAAUCUACGGAAAGAAACCAGAGGCGGACACGCAGUAG